AUGCGAGAGCCUGACAUUGCUGAACCGUUUUGGUUACAGGAAGCCUGUGCCGGUCGCUUUGAGGCUUUCGACUCUUUUCUUGAGCAGUGCGGCAUGGAUUUGAAUCGGCUCGCGGGGCUGCCCGAUCCUGCUGAGCUCCUUCCUGAUUGCCCGGUCGAUGUUCGGAAUUCUGAGGUUUUCACUACGCUCAUCCGCGAAUCCCACCCGAAGCUGAUCUUCACUUCGUUCACCGUCAACCAGAAUGUUCUCGAACCCAGACGACUCCAUGCAACAGCCGACUGGACCGGCACUCGCGUCGUUUUGGUUGCCUUCACGGUAAGGUCGUCUGAAAAACUCGACCCUGAGCAGAGAUUGAUCGCUGAGGCACUCGGUUUCAAUCUCCCGAAGCCUGGUGACGAAGGCGAAGGGUACAGCGAAUGCGAGAGAUCUCUGAAGCCGGCUGCACGAGAGCUCGAUCCCGUCUGUGCUGUAUCAGUGAAAACAUUGAAAGCCAGGGCCUGUGACUUUGGCCAUCGCUUCGACCCUCCAACUUUGUGCGGUGGCUCCUUCCGAGUUGAGCCUGCUCCACCUCAACGAUCUUCUCGCCCAUCGCCUCCUUCACAGGCUGCCUUGGAUUUGCUGUGCAGCUACCCGCCGGGCCGCUUCGUUUUCUCCUCCGUCUUUCCGAGCCUUCAUGAUCAGUUGAGCUGGCUUUUCAUUGAAGGUCACGUGAUUGUCCUCAUGGGCGCCCGGGGCUUCGAGUCGGGCGCGCUCUACAUGAUCGAGAAUCCAGCGAAAUCGUGGCUCUGGAAGCAAGAAGCUUGGAACAGCAUGCAAGUUGACGACUUUCUCUGCGACAUGUGUGUUUUUGGAACGCGGUGGAGAAAACCCACCCGGGUCCGAACCAACUGCUCCCUUGCGGGCCAGCGCCUGCUCUGCGGUUGUGCUCGUCGGCAUGCGAUGUUGAGAGGGAGAGACUGCAAGACGGGAGUGCUGUGGACAAAGCUUGCUGAAGCUUACCCGCGGCGCUUCUGCACUCUGCUUGCGAAUGCGAUCGCUUCCGAUUUGAACUGGAAUGGAAACUACCGGCCGCUGGACAUCGCAAAGUGUGCGAAGUGCAGUGGGGCUCGAAUCGGAGAAGCUGGGAACCCAGGACCACGAGGCGCUCGGAAGCCUCGACCACCUCUUGUUCUACGAAACAUAAAGCUGGUCGAACCGGGCACGGCACGACUGCGGACCCGGGUCUGGAACUUGUUUCGUGAGUGGCUCGAGCGAGGAGCUGGGAAAGAGGCGUGGGCUUCAGUCAGGAGGUUACCCGAGCUGUUGGUGCAGAUGCUGAUUAUCUACGGACAGAGCUUGUACAACAGCGGUAGUUCUUUGCAGGACUUUCGGCAACUGCUUGCUCACGCUCAGAUUGAGAUUCCUGGGGCACGAGCUAUCAUGCGCCCAGCCUGGGAUCAAGUGACUCGUUGGGAGAAAGUUGAACCGACAACGCAUCGUACACCCUUGCCUGAGCCUAUAAUGCUGGCGAUGUGUUCGCUGGCUUUGGUCUGGAAAUGGGACGUCUGGGCUGCUACAACGCUGCUCUGCUUUUAUGGAGCUUGCCGAAUCGGCGAGGUCCUAAAGGCCGAGCGGCAGGACUUUCUCACACCGGGAGACUUACUGAGCGAUGACGACAGGUUUUUCCUCUGCUUUCGAGAGCCGAAAUCUCGAGGGCGGGGGCCGAGAGUGCAGCAUGUGGCCAUUUCGUUUUCUGGCAACCUGAAAGCUUUCUUCCUGGCGACGUGGUCAGGACUCAAAGGCAGCGAUAAGCUCUUUCAUGGGAGUUCCUGGAUGUAUCGCAAACGGUGGGACAAGCUUUUGCGUGCUUUAGGAAUCCCUGCCGACUUUCACCUCACGCCAGGGGGAUUGCGUGGCGGGGGCGCUGUCGCUGCUUAUCGCAGAGGCGACCAAGUGUCAGAAAUCCAAUGGCGUAUGCGGCUACAACAUGUGGGAACCUUGGCCUUCUACCUGCAGGAGGUCGCUGCGUUGUCGGUGAUCCCGCGGCUUCAUCCUCGUGCUCGAGAAAAAGUUUCCGCAGCAGCUGCAUUAUUCCCUUUCGUUAUUGCUUCUCGUCCGGCGCACGCCGUGCAACGCCCCGCAGGGCCCUUACAGCCGUAG